AUGCCAGAAAGUAAUAAGAAUAACAAUACUUCAACUUUUAAUAAUAUCAUGACCGGUGGCUUACUACCCAACACAGACAGUUUAGUGGAUGAAAAUAAAGAUACAAACAUUGAAUUGAAAUUACACUCAAGUGGUAUUGCGGGAAUGGCUUCUAAUAACAAAAUUCUGACCAAUGUUUCUGCCAAUAAUGCUACCACCAUCAAUGCUACAAAUAACCCCGAGUCUGGGAUUAAUAUUUUAGAUGCGAGAAAACCUUUGGCCAAUAAAGACAGUAAUAGAAGUAAUAGUUUGAUGCUGCUAAGGAAAAAAAUACAACAACAACCAUUACAAGAAAUACAAAGUACAAACACUUCUAAUAUUGGUUCAAAUAAUAAUGUCAAGAAACCCAAAUCAAAUGUCAAAGUUACACAUACAGGCAGUUUUAGUAACAAUGCUUUUUUGAGAAAAAACAUGCCAAGCACUCUAACUAGAAAGAAAAGUUUAGUUCUAAAAGACACAGAAGAAGGAUCGGAUACCAAUGCUCAUCAUGUUGACAAUAUUAAUAACAAUAAUAAUAACUUUACAAACUUGCGAAGCUUGUUGGCUAAAACUGAAACAGAUAACGAAGAUCAGAUGCAUGCUACCAAUGUCAAAGAUAGCGCUAAUAAUCUGGCUCACUUACUGCGAGGACUAAAAGAAGAAAAUAGCAAUAUAAGGAGGGUAAAUGAUACAGAUAAUGUAUCGCCUAUUACCAAGGAAAACACCAAUCAUAGCGAAGACAGUGAUUAUGAUAGUGAGAUCGAAUUUGUGCCACAAAAACAAGAACCUAUGAAAGAUUUUAUUCAUUCUUUUGACGAAUCUAACACCAAAAAAUUAAACACUUUUUCUUCACCUUUUUCAACUUUAAUAGAUUCUGGUACUGUUGGUUUCUCUUCUUCUGGACCUCAUAGUACUGAUAAAAGUGAUAAUUUCAAAUUGUUACCCAUUAAUGUUGAUAUUAGUUCAAGUUCAGAUCUUGAAAACAGCACGGACACUAUAUUUACAAAUAAUAAUAACAAUAAUGGUGCCAUCAAUAGUACUAACAGUGUCAGCAUUGAAAACAAUAACAACAAUAAUGACGGACUUGCAUCUUUAGAUUUGGAAAUACCGGAAUAUGAUGGAAACGGCUUAACUAAUGAAGAACUGGACUCUUUGUUUUAG